CGGCUGCCUCGGCGGCCCAGGGGCCGCGGGAGGCCCGGGCGGUACCGGGCGGGAGAAGGCCCGGGUCGGUUUCGGAUCCGCCGCGAGAGCCUGCGUCUGGGUCCAGCACCGCUGCUCCCAGUCGGGUGCCCCCGGAGCCGCAGACUUGACGAGUCCCACUCACUUCGUGUCCCCUUCUCCGUUGACCACCCGCCGUACACCCAAGUCACUGAAAUCUGACGCCUUGGAGUCACUCUGAGCGCCUCCUCCGUGCGCGCACAGCCAGUUAAUCUCCGAGUCCUGCUGGCUGUACCCCUCUAACUCUGGAAUCGGUCCACUUCUCUCUCUCCCCAACACCGACCCCACGACAGGUAUCCAGGCUGCCAAGAUGCCAGGGCCAAGACCUCGGAAGGGCCCUCAGGCCAGUGGCCAGGGUGUGGCAGCUGCCAAGCAGCUUGGACUCUUUGUGGAGUUCAGCCCUGAGGACGUGCUGCUGGGGGUGGAGGAGGCUGAAGACGACGGGGACCUGGAGGCAGAGUUGCUGGCUCUCACUGGGGAAGCAGGGACCACGGGCAGGAAACCAGCACCCAAGGGGCAGGCCCCCCUGCCUAUGGCCCACAUCGAGAAGUUGGCAGCAGACUGCAUGCGGGAUGUGGAAGAAGAGGAAGAGGAGGAAGGGCUGGAGGACGAUGCAGACUUGCUGACGGAGCUGCAGGAGGUCCUGGGUACAGAUGAGGAGGCUGGGGCCCUGGAUGGUGAUGAGACAGCCAGCCUGGGUGGCCCUGAGGAGAAGGAACAGGAAAACGAACCUCCGGUGCAAGCAGCUCUCUUGACAGCUCUGGUUCCAGCAGCUCAGGCUGGAGGGCCCCGGGGGCUGCAGGCCCUGCUGGAGGAUCGGAUCCGCAACUACCAGGAGGCUGCGGCCAGUGCUCAGGAGGCAGGUGAAGCGGCCAAAGCCAGGCGCUGUGAGCGCGGCCUGAAGACACUGGAGUCCCAGCUGGCUGCUGUGAGGAAAGGCAAAAAGAUCAGUGAGGGUGAGAUCCCGCCUCCAGUGGCCUUGGGCAGAAGGCCUCUGGCCCCCCAGGAAACAAGCGACAGGAGCCCUGAAGCAGAAGCCCCAGCUGCCCCCUCCGUGGAGCCAGACAAGCCCUCCCAGCCUGAGACAAGCCUCUUGGGCAGCCCUGGUAUUUCUGCCCCACCCGACUCAGACCCAGACCCACGGGCCCUGCUGUUGGCCCGACAGAGAGAGUACAAAGUGGCUGCUCUGAAUGCCAAGCGGGCUGGAGACCUAGACCGUGCCCGAGAGCUCAUGAGGGUUGGGAAGAGAUUUGCUGCUGUCCUGGAGGCCCUGGAGAAGGGGCAGCCUGUGGACCUGAGUGCCAUGCCCCCAUCACCAGAGGACCUGAAGCCCCUUCCACAGGCUUCCCAAGCCCCAACAGCGCCCUCAGAUACACCCCCGGCAGUGGAGCGAAUGCACCCAGUGAUGGCCUCUGACAUCCCAGCAGCCCCUGUGGCCCCUGCUGAGCCACAGACAGUGCUGGAUGCCCUGCAGCAGAGGCUGAACAAGUACCGUGAGGCAGGCACCCAAGCUCGGGGCAGUGGGGAUGAGCGCAAGGCCCGGAUGCACGAGCGCAUUGCCAAGCAAUAUCAAGAUGCCAUUCGAGCCCACCGGGCAGGACGGAAAGUUGACUUUGCCGAGUUACCUGUUCCUCCAGGAUUCCCCCCUAUACCUGGCUUGGAGCCCACCGUGGCUACUGAGGAGGAUAUGAUGGCAGCUACUUUAGCAGCUGCCCGGAAACUGGCCUCCUCAGAGGAUACAGCCCCAGUAGAGGAAGAGGAGGAGGAUGACAAGGAUGAGCCCCCAGCCCAGGCCCCAGUGGCCAAGAAGCCAGCACAGCCUCUCAUCCCUUCAUCGCGGCCCCUGCCUGAGCCCAAGACCUCGAGUUCUAAGGAGGCGCUGAGUCCAUCUGCACGAGAGCAGCUGGCCCUGCUGGAGGCACGGAAACUGCAGUACCAGCGGGCAGCCCUGCAGGCCAAGCGUGGCCGGGACCUGGAGCAGGCCAAAGCCCAUCUGCGGGUGGCCAAAGCCCUCGAGGCUCAGAUCACCCAGGUGCGAGCUGGCCGCCCUGUGGACCUCUCCAAGGUACCUUCACCCUUAACGGAUGAGGAGGGUGACUUCAUCCUGAUCCACCAUGAGGACCUGCGACUCUCUCAGAAGGCUGAGGAGGUGUAUGCUCAGCUACAAAAAAUGCUUCUGGAGCAACAUGAGAAGUGUCUGCUGUUCUCCAAGCAGUUCAUGCACCAGGGCAACGUGGCUGAGACCACCCGGUUUGAGAAGCUUGCUCAAGACCGCAAGCAGCAGCUUGAGAUCCUGCAGCUGGCCCAGGCUCAAGGCCUGGACCCUCCCAGCCACCACUUUGAGCUGAAGACAUUCCAGACUGUGAGGAUCUUUGCAGAACUCAACAGCACAGAAAUGCAUCUGAUUGUUGUCCGGGGAAUGAACCUCCCAGCCCCUCCAGGGGUGACCCCUGACGACUUGGAUGCUUUUGUGCGGUUUGAGUUCCACUACCCUAAUUCGGACCAGGCUCAAAAAAACAAAACAGCUGUGGUGAAAAACACAAACUCUCCAGAAUUUGAUCAACUCUUCAAACUAAAUAUCAACCGAAACCACCGGGGCUUCAGGAGAGUGAUUCAAAACAAAGGAAUCAAGUUUGAAAUCUUCCACAAAGGAUCCUUCUUCAGAAGUGACAAGCUGGUUGGCACAGCCCAGCUGAAACUGGAGCGGCUGGAGAAUGAGUGUGAGAUCAGAGAGAUUGUGGAGGUCCUGGAUGGAAGGAAGCCCACUGGGGGCAAGCUGGAGGUGAAGGUGAGGCUGCGGGAGCCUCUGAGUGGCCAAGAUGUGCAGAUGGUCACCGAGAACUGGCUGGUCCUGGAGCCCAGGGGCCUGUGAGGUGGGCAGCUCUCUGGGCCCUUAGAACCUCUGCCUGGGCCCCAUGGGAACCCUUCCGGUACUCAACUCAUAUCUAAGGAGAAAACCGAGGAAUUUCUCAUCUGUGAGGAAGACCAAGAGGCAAAACUGUUGGGGUGGGCUCAGGCUGGUUCACGAUCUUCAGUAGAACUGGGGAAGGAAGUUAACCCUCCCAGGUCUGUUGUCAGGAAACCCUUCUGAAAAUCUACUUGUACACUCACUGCAGUUUAGACUUCUGUGCUUUGUGCAACAGAGGGUCAAUGGUGGAGUGGAGUCAGGCCAGCGACUCUUCUCCAGCUUUUUCCCCUGGGCUUUGCUGGCUAAAGAAGUCUUUGUACAUAAAGGAGAUGCUGCUACACAAGCACCAAAGACCUGUUAAGCACGUGCAUUACUGACCACGGCUCUGGUCUUUCCUGUUGCUGGCCUCUCCCCAGGCCUCUACCAAAGCAGGCUGGAUUCCAGGAUUUCCCCCCGCCUCUCUGUCCGAGCAGGGAAAGGACAGCCUCAUUGCUCAGCCAUGGAGCCUUGUAACCAACCCCUUAACCCCUGUGAAUCAACUGUUUGCAACUUGCCCCAGCCCUCAGUUGCACCAUUUCUAGACGUGCCUUUAAAAGAUAAAACUGUAAGGGAUGGGAAAGCUCGAGUGUGAUCUGGACCCCCCUCCCCCAUAGGGUGGGGCAGGGUUCUGUGACUGCAGUUGGUCAGCAGCCGCCUGGCCCACACAACGCAGUGACCCCCCAGCCCUGCCUGUGCCUCAUCUGACAGCUGCUGCCGUAGUGUCCCUGCUUCCUGACGCACUCGGUGGAAUUUUGUUCAGGACUGUGUGGUGGGAAGUGAAAGCAAGGUUAUCUUGAGUUAGGUCCAUGUACCUGAGACUGAAAGACAGUUAACUGAGGAAGAAAGAAAAAAAAUUUAUAUAUAUAUACAUAUGUGAAAUGUAACUGAUUUUAUUUAAGAAACUAGGUCUAAUUCAUUGUAGGGGAUUUACGUUCUCACAAAAUAACCACCAAAGUCUUAAAAGCCCUGCUCCUCCAUGUCACUGCCCCGCCCUGCCCCCACCCCUGUCACUUUUUAAAAGCCAGAGGGGCAGUAACAUUUGUUAAUUGACAGAAACUGCAGCUGUGGCUUCCUCUUCAGAGACAGGGCAGGAGAAGCCUUGCCUCUUCAUCUAAUCACCUAGGGAAAUCCCUAAAUUUCUUCCCAAGAAAUUCUUUGGAUUUAUUUUUGUCAACAGAUGGGAGAUCAUGGAGUGAUUUAUAUCAAUAUUUGCAGUAGAUUCAAUGUUCAAAACGGCAGUAGUCUACAUCUCUUAGAAAUGAACUUUAACACCCCAUCUUUCCCCCCCUUUCUCUGCAACAUUAACAAAGCAUUCCUGAAGAUAGUAUUUUUAAGGCUCUACACGAAGCAGAUGCAUUCAACUUACUGGUGAUUGUAGUCCUGCAAACACAAAUUUGGGAUUGAGCUUUUGUGUGUGUGUCUUUUUCUGGGAUGCAGCUGGACCACACUUCCCUGCCCUUAAGAGCAGAGCUUAUAGUGUAACAACAGGGACAACAGGUAACUUCUGAGAGCUAGAAAGCUAGUCUAGCUAAUCUUACUAAAAAUUCCAUAGAUGUGAGACUUAACACUUAAAUGCAGUCAUAUCUGUGUGUCAUACAAGCAGCCAUCUAGAAUGAAAAGGAGGGCUGUCAGCCCUCAUAAGGUGGCCUAGAGCAGAGGGAAACCAAAGCAGGUUCCUGACUCAACCUAGUCUCCCCCUCAGGGUUUGUAAGUGCUAAGAAGGCUUGCAGUUUCCCACCAGUACCAGGAAUGUCUAAACUCAGUCGCCUGUUAGAAAUUGGAUAGCAAGUUUUUCUCUGUGGUUCAAAGAUUUCCCAUCAUAACUUGUUCAGUUUCAUUCUGCUCCACUGCCCUUUGCUUUUUGAAAACCAGAACCUCCAGGCUGAGAGAGGCAGGACAAAGCCUCCCACUGGACUUAGAGACUGAGGUUCUUAAAAGGCCUUUGUUGUAGCCCAGGCAUGCAGGGGUCACUGGCAUGGGAGGAGCCUGCCCAGCCUCAUCUUGUGCUAAGAUUUAUCCAAAUGCAGCAAUUCAGCAGUGCAGAUUAGUGACUUGUGGGCAGUUGGGAACCAGCCACGACCCAAAUCAUUUUUAAAUUUUAAAAUUUCUUUUCAAUUGUAUAGGACAUACUUUCUUCUGAAUACAAUAUGGAAGGAAUUUAUCUUAGAAUCAGGAAGUCUUGCUCACAAUUAAAGGGUAAACUAGUUUGCAUUUUAUUACUUUCCUUUCUCACGGUUCUAUUCUGAAACCUACACUGUUUCUUCCCAGUUUUUGAGUGCUUGUUUUCCAAAUAUUUGUGGGCAGUUUUUAAACACUGUUUUACCCCUUAAGGCAGCUGCUUUGAAGAUGAAACUGUGGGGCUGAGACUGGCAGAAGGCAGCACCAGGAAGCUUCCACCUGGUUCAGUUCCAUCACAGAUGGAUUCUUCCCUUCUCUUAGCCUCAGCUUCCCAAACUCUAGAAUGGACAUUCUCAUUCCUCUUAUGCUCCUUUUCCCUUCUGGCUACAUUACAGUCCUCCAAAUCCCAUUACCGUCAUUAUUAAAAUUAUUUCAGCAUUAUUAUUAAACAACUAUCACAGACUUUUUCUAGAAACAAGUGUUCAGCAGACUUAUUGCCUGAAGUGCAUUAAGUGCAUAAAUUAUUCCCAAAAUGACUAGUUAUGAUAGACGAAAAUUUAGUUGGAAAUUCUGGGCUCACCAGCAUUCAGGAACCAGUGUAGAUGAGGGAAGACACUGGAUGGGAACUUACGCAGGGCAAAGUUCAGUUUAUCUAAAGCCCUAGAGACCAAUCGUAAAGGAAAUGAACUUUGAAUAUUUACUGGAAGGAC